GCCUUCAUUGUUCUCAUAUUUUUUUAUUCGUUUACUGCUUGAUUUCUAAAAUAGCCAAAUCUGUCUCUUGCUUGCCGCCAUUUUCUACUCAUGCAGCAAGGAGAAAUGUCGAAACGAAGACUUGACGUUGGUGAUUCUGGCGCUGGAAAAAAGUCAAGAGAUCAUCGCGAUGGAGAUAAGAUUAAAGAAGAGAAAGAAAGCAAACCGAAAUCGGUUUUUGAACAGUUCAACAUUCCACGACCAACACUUCAGAUGAAUCCCUUUACAGGCUUACCCUUCACGCCACGCUACUAUGAACUUUUCAACAAACGCACCCAGCUUCCUGUAUGGGAGUACAAAUCACAGUUUUUGGAAAUGGUUAGCAAGCAUCAAAUUCUAGUGCUGGUUGGAGAGACAGGAUCAGGCAAGACAACUCAGAUUCCUCAGUGGUGUUUGGAGUGGGUUAGAGCACGCUACCCAAAGAAAGCAGUGGCAUGCACACAGCCUCGUCGAGUGGCUGCCAUGUCUGUAGCUCAGCGUGUGUCAGAGGAAAUGGAUGUAUGUUUGGGGCAAGAAGUAGGCUACAGCAUUCGAUUUGAAGACUGCACUUCUGCCAAAACUGUGCUGAAGUAUAUGACAGACGGUAUGCUGCUAAGAGAGGCUAUGUCUGACCCACUGCUUGAGACAUAUGGAAUAAUUAUCCUUGAUGAGGCACAUGAACGUACACUGGCCACUGACAUAUUGAUGGGUCUGUUGAAGGAGGUUGCCAAGCAACAGAAAGAUCUUAAAAUUAUUGUCAUGAGUGCCACACUUGAUGCAGGAAAGUUUCAGCAAUACUUUGACAAUGCACCUCUAAUGAGCGUACCUGGCAGGACCCAUCCUGUGGAAAUCUUUUAUACUCCUGAACCAGAGAGGGACUAUCUUGAGGCAGCCAUUCGUACAGUCCUUCAGAUUCAUAUGUGUGAGGAAGAUGAGGGGGACAUUCUGCUUUUCCUUACAGGCCAGGAGGAAAUUGAUGAGGCUUGCAAGCGGAUUUCCCGUGAAGUGGAAAAUCUUGGGCCAGAUAUUGGUGAACUCAAAUGCAUUCCUCUGUAUUCCACACUGCCGCCUAAUUUACAGCAGCGAAUUUUUGAAUCUGCUCCUCCUCGCAAACCGAAUGGUGCUGUGGGGCGCAAAGUGGUUGUAUCAACCAACAUUGCUGAAACAUCGUUGACUAUUGAUGGUGUGGUCUUUGUCAUUGAUCCUGGCUUUGCCAAACAGAAGGUGUACAAUCCUCGUAUCCGAGUGGAGUCUUUGUUGGUGACUGCCAUCAGCAAAGCCAGUGCUCAGCAGCGUGCAGGCAGAGCCGGGAGAACACGUCCAGGCAAAUGCUUUCGCCUGUACACAGAAAAGGCUUACAAACAGGAGAUGCAGGAGAACACAUAUCCUGAGAUUCUUCGUUCCAAUUUGGGGUCUGUGGUUCUUCAGCUGAAAAAACUGGGCAUCGAUGACCUUGUGCACUUUGAUUUUAUGGACCCUCCUGCACCUGAAACACUCAUGCGAGCUUUGGAGCUGUUGAACUACUUGGCAGCACUUGAUGACGAUGGAGAACUGACAGAACUAGGAUCCAUGAUGGCCGAGUUCCCUCUUGAUCCCCAGCUUGCCAAGAUGGUGAUUGCUUCUUGUGACUCCAACUGCAGCAAUGAAAUCCUCUCCAUCACUGCCAUGCUUUCAGUGCCGCAGUGUUUUGUGCGACCCACCGAGGCCAAGAAGGCUGCAGACGAGGCCAAGAUGAGGUUUGCCCACGUGGAUGGAGACCACCUGACCCUUCUGAAUGUCUACCAUGCCUUCAAGCAGAAUCAUGAAGAUCCUCAGUGGUGUUAUGACAACUUCAUCAAUUAUCGCUCCCUUAAAUCAGCUGACAACGUGCGUCAACAGCUGGCCCGCAUCAUGGACCGCUUCAACCUCAGGCGGUCCUCCACAGAAUUUACUUCUCGUGACUACUAUCUCAACAUUCGCCGAGCUCUUGUGUGUGGCUUCUUCAUGCAGGUAGCCCAUUUAGAGCGCACAGGCCAUUAUCUCACCGUCAAGGAUAACCAGGUAGUGCAGCUGCAUCCGUCAACAGUACUGGACCACAAGCCAGAGUGGGUGUUAUACAAUGAAUUCGUCUUGACCACCAAGAACUAUAUUCGAACUGUCACAGAUAUUAAACCAGAAUGGCUUAUAAAGUUGGCGCCACAGUACUAUGACAUGACUAACUUCCCCAUCUGUGAAGCUAGACGUGUGCUAGAGCGGAUCAUUGCAAAGCUCCAGAGUCGCCAAAAUGAUGAAAGUCAUUGAUACAGUGCUGCAAUUAAAAACUUCACAGAUUCUUGAAAAUGUUUUUCUUCUUUAAGGAAGUGCUUCCUUUUGCAAGCAUGACCUAAAUGAAAAGGCUUCCUGUGUCUCACUUAAGCAACUAAACUAGGUAGCCACUGCUACUUUAGUUUUCAUCCCAGUACUUGGCAUUGCAGCAUUUGUUGGACAUCAUGAAAAGUGUGCAAGCAGCCACCUGCUUAACAGAUCGUGUAUUUUUAGACGUCUGCAUGGAUGUUUAGAUGCACAGUGGGUUUUUUUCUUCAGCUUCUGCUUGUAUAUGAAGAAAAUUCAGUAAGCUUCAUGUGCUGCCCAUUUCAUCCAGCAAUUUAAAAAAGAAUAAUGCAUCAUGAGAGACAUAACAUCGGAUUCUCAUUCUCUUGACAAAUGGUGGUGCACAACAGUAUGCAGAAGCAUUGUAAUGGGGAUUAUUGCCUCUUCUGUGCAGAAUUUACUGACUACAUGUAAAGUUUGGUUUUGUGUUUUCUGGGGAGAGCAUGAGCUAUUGGGUGUGUGUGGCUCUUGAUUAUGCAUGCAAGUCUGUUGAGGUUUUAAAGGGAGAAUUGAAAACAGUGGAUGCAGACAUGAUUGGCAAGAGAGAAUUGGGGAAGUGAAAUGAAGGGAAGAUAAUGUUUAAAUGGUUUACUGGCGUUGAUUUACUUCUAUACAGAUUCUGCUUUUGUACUUUAAGCCAUGAAAACAAAGCAAGGGUUUCCCAUAUUUUCUGAAUUCAUCUUCUCUUAGCAGGCAGGGUGCUGUAAUGAGUGCAUUUUUAUAUUUUAAAAACUGAAAAUCAAAUGACAUUUUACAAAGAAUGCAGUUCUUUAAAAAAAAUUAUAAGAGACCUAUCUUUCCAUUUAAAUGCUGAUAAAUGUGUGUACUUGAUGACACCUUUAAGAGGAUUUGUUAUUGAGAUGCGAUGUUCUUCAUCUUCUGAAUUUAAACGUACUGUCCCAGAAAUACUAACUUAGGACGCAACCUUGGAGGAGGGGGGGGGGGGCUUACAAAUGGCAGUUUUUGUUUUGUAUCACAACUUCAAAAAGUCAUUUUAAAUGAUAGUGUGCAUCGCGAACUAUUUUCCCUGGACUGCUGUCAGAUGAUUUUUUCCAGUUAACUGCUAAAACGAAGCAUGAGACGAGAAAGCUUCUGGUUUAGUCACAUUCUUUGUUUAGGCUUGACGAGACUAACAGCGGAUCACUUCACAAGAGGCUAAGCAUUGUCUUGGCAGACAGACGGCAAUCCACCUAUACACGUCCUUGGUGUGCAUCAUGACUUAACAAAGCUAUGAGAAUUUAGAUGUGUUAGAAGUGGGGCAUACAUUUAUUUUUAUUGCAUUAACAUAUUAAAUGCUUAUUUCAUUUUACGUUUUCCAUUGUGCCAUCAUUUUUUUAUCAACUAGGAGCCAAUCCCUGUACAAUAGCUAUCAAAGAAGGCUACUUAUAUGGUGUUCAAAGAUAUGCUAAAAUUUCAUUUGUUUCCUCUCCUCAGAAAAAGGUUUACUCCACAAAACAAAUUUGUUAUGCUUCAUGUUUCGUUAUUAUUAAAUGUACUUACACUCAUGUGUUUAAUUUUGGUCUUUGAUGACUUGCUGGUCUAAAAUUACUAGCAAGUUCCUGUUGCUUCUUAGAAUACAAAAUGGACUGUCAAACUGUUUUAAGAAAUGUCAUGUGGACAUUUAGGUGUUGCAGUUUUAUUAUUUUAUUUUGACAUAUAAAUGAGAAAUCUGAAACUGUUUUACUCACUAAUUUAAAAUAUCUCUGUCAAGAUAUAGCCACAAAGCUACAAUAUUUAGAAGAGGUAUUUAUAGAAGAUCAGUCUUUUAUUUAUCAAUAAACAAAAAUAACUUACAAUGAAGCUCAAACAUUAAUCUGUUUUAUCCAUGCUGAGUGUCAGCAUUAUGGAGGCUGCCAUUGUAACCGAUUCAGACCCUUAAUGAACUAUAAACACUAACCCUUAUAAUGCUACAAAGUUAAGAGAAAGGAUUGUGAUGAAAAAAAAUUUUCUAAUUGUAAUUUAUGCAUUAUAUGUGGACUACCUAAGCCACGGUUGUCCUUCUAUAUGGAUCUGAGACAUGGCGUAAGACAAACACCAUCACCAAGAAGAUUCAGACAUUCAUCAACAGAUGUGCGCCACAUCUUCAACUAAUGGGCCUGAGAAGAUCUCCAACAGCAGUUUGUGGAAAAGAACUAACCCGAAUGCCACUAACCAAGACAUCAAAAAGCACAAAUGAGGCAGGAUAGGACACUGCGCAAACCAGCUGACACCAUUUGCCAGGCAUGCACUUGACUAGAACCCUCAGGGGACUAGAAAAGUUGGGAAACUAAAGCCAACUUGGAAAAGAACAGUAGGAAGGAAGGCACACAUAGGCACAACCGAAGGGAGCUGCCCAAAACCGGGUCCGCUGGUGAGGUGGUGUUGCGGCUCAAUAUGCUCCUCGAGGAUUUACAAGAAAUAUAAACUGUCUGGGUUUUGAUCAGCACGUGACACUGGAGCACUGCCAGAACGGCCGACUUGGCGUCAAGGCCGUUGCUGGCUUGGAUGCCAUCCUUCUUGACUGGGAGGACUGCAUCUUCUUGGUUGGGCAGAGAAAUAGGGAUGCAUAUAAACUGUUCAGCCUCUCAGAAAGUCAAGACUACAGCAGACCUUGUAUAGGGUCAGAUUUCAUGAGGCUAGAUUUUGUGUUCCUCCAGCGAGUAAGUGGAGACAAAGCCAGGCUCCAAAGGGACCUCAACGCAGCUUUUCCUUGUGUUCCAGAUCUUGAAACCUUCCGCAGUGUGCUAGACAACAAAACCUGAUUAUUUCUGACCUUGUUUGUUUUGGACAGUUUACUAGCAAAGACAUUUUGCUAACCCAGAAAAGUGACAAUUAGGACUUCGCGGUUAGUGUUAUCUGAACUAUUUUUUCUCAACAUAGUUCCAAGUCAACUUUCUUUUACAAGACUUUUCAUUUUGUUUUGGCUAUCACACUGACUGCUCAUCCAUUUUAAAAAUCUGGAUCCAAAAUUGGACUAUAGUCUGUUCUGAGGACAAAAGCAGCGCUUACCCUAAACAGAUUUUUCAAAUCUUGUUAAGGAUAAUAUUUUCCUGUGCUGCAAUCUUCAAGGGUGAACCACCAAUCUUUUGGAUUAAUACAGCUAUUUCAGGCAUCUUCAAGGAAGUUAUUUCCCUUGCCAUGGUUGUAGAAGUGCCAGAAGGGGCGUUAAAGCCAAAGUACAUCGCUUUGUCCAGAAAGCGGAAAUGGGAGGAGAGUGCUUGGAAAGAUGGUCACGAUGUAUAUGACCAACGUCGGACUUCAGGGGCAUCACCUGCCAGAAACAUUACCCCAGCAGAAAGCAGGCCAGUCCGCAUGCUGCGAGAAAUUGUCUCUUCCAGUGAAAAUGGAACAGCAUCAGGCUCUGCAGAACCACCAGUAAAUGUCUGGGGAGAAUUUAAAGACCGCAGCCACUUUGUAGAAAUGCAUUUGGUGUGAGCUGAGGAAUCUUAUCCAGCAUAGGAAGCAACACAUAUGUAGCUUUCUGUGAGCAAUGCCACCUUCUCACUGCUGUGUACUACAUCAAGAUAGAAUUAAAGUUUUCUUUGAUUUA